UAUGACCAGCAAAAGAACCUGCUGAUCCAAUCGGAGGAAGGCGACUCGUGGGAUUCGAAUGCGAAAAGAACGGCGUCCCAGAAAGAACUCACCGCCAAUCGGAUCAUCAUAAGGAUCCGCGAAGAUGAACGGGACCAUCUGUUUGGGAAUCGCGCGACGGAAGCGAUCCCAGGACCCGAGACUCUAGAUAUGGGAGGUCAGUUCCUCACCAAUCGGAAUCGAAUUCAUGAGAAAAGCAAGUUGUAUCGGAUCGCUUUGGAGAUGCCGAAAGGCUGCCAUCUCCACCUCCAUUUCAACUCGGAACUACCACCGAUGCCGCUUCUUGAAAAGGCUAGGUGCAUGGACAACAUGUUCAUUCGAAGCACUCAGCCAAUCUUAUCAUCUCAAGACCUGGAAGUGACGGAGAUCGUGUUCACCGUUCUCCCAGCUGAUACAGAGACCGUAGACAUAUUUAGCCCGGGGUAUAAUCCUGCCUUCAGACCUCCGGAUGCCACUCGUCCAUGGAUGCGAUGGAAGGAUUUCCGCAAGAUUUAUUCAGAGAGAUUUGAAAGCCAAAUGCGGCUACCCGUGGAGGAAUACAUUCGGCGCAGGAUGAUCCUCACUGAUGAGGAGGUCUAUGCAAUCAGCCAGACAACUAAUGGGAUUUGGGCCCGAUUCAACCAAGGAACCCGUUGUUUCAAGGGGCUUAUGAAUUAUGAGUCCAUAUAUCGUUGGUACAUCGGCGCAGCCAUAGACAGUAUGAUCCGAGACAAAGUCAUGUAUGCUGAGUUACGACCAAUGCUUCUUGACAAGUCGAUACCGUCCGACGACGGGAUGCGCAAACUGGACCAUGAAGCGCAAAUGAACAUAAUUCUCGAAGAAGUUCAGAUCAAACAAGUGGAGCUCGAGCGUGAGGGAAGGUUAAAAGAAUUUCCCUUUGGCGUCAAGAUCAUCUAUUCCACCCCAAGAUCGAUACCGAAAGCCAUGAUGAAAAGGGAAAUGCAGGACUGUAUCAGCUUGAAGUUGAAGUUCCCAGAUCUGAUAUGCGGUUUCGAUCUUGUCGGCGCUGAAGAUCGUCCCAACAACAUUGGGUUUUACAGCGAGGAGCUCGCCGCAUUUAACGAAACCUGCAAGUCCUUAAAUAUCUCCAUCCCAUACAUGUUCCACGCUGGCGAGACGCUGCUGGAUAGGGGCGGGUCGAAAACACCCCUGAACUCGAACCUUUACGACGCCAUCAUCUUCAAUGCGAAGCGCAUCGGCCACGGGUUUAGCUUAUUAAAGCAUCCUCAACUAGUCCAAGAGUUCAAAGAGCGCCAGAUCUGCAUCGAACUGUGUCCCACUAGCAACGAAUUGCUCCACCUCUGUCGGAACAUCAAAGAGCAUCCAUACCCUCACAUCCUUGCGGCCGGCAUUCCCUGCACCGUGAAUUCCGACAACCCCUCGCUGUUCAGCUCCUCCGUAAGUGACGAGUUCUAUCAGGUCAUGGUCGGCUCGACGACCAUGAAUCUGCAUGGAUGGCGGCAACUGGCGGAAUGGAGUAUUACCCAUUCAUGCUUGAGCGACGGCGAGAAGACAAAGGCGUUCGAGAUCUUCUGGGCCGAUUGGGAGCGGUAUUGUGACUGGGUUAUUGAGACGUAU